ACAAAUCCCGACUCUUUCCGUUGUCUCCGUUUGUUUCUCGAGAAAUUCUUCUAGGGUUCCAAUUCCAAAAAUGGCAAAUAACAGCAAUAAAGAAGAACCAGCCACUGCUCCAAAGUCUAAUUGUUGGUACAAUAUAAGUUUGGGAUCAUCCUUCAAGGACCAACACCAGCCUUCCUCCAAAUUUUGCACUUUGCGAUAUGAAUUUAAACCAGCAUCCAUUGAUAAGAACCAACCAGGAUUACUCCACAAGUCUAAGGAUAAUCGAGUUAAGGUGGAAUUUGAAAACAACCAGCCUGGGAAACCCAAGGUGACAUUUGAGGGUGCCAGUGAAGAUUACAAAGAUAACGAUGCGGUGUUGUUCUUCGAUGGUGAGACGUUACGGUUGGAACGUUUACAUCGAGCUGUGAAACGGUUGAGGCAUAACCGGCAGCCUGGUGAGUCAGCAUCCUUGGCUGCUUCAGCUGGCCCUUCUGCAGAAUCUUAUUCACCUCCACUUGGUAAAGGAUUAAAGCCUGAAUCUUCCAACAAAGUCCUGGUUCCGCCAUUGCCUCUUCUGGUGGGACACAUUGAUACAUCCGACUUCGAGAGUGGAGAACCCAGGAAGGAGUCGUCAAUUCCAAAUAAACCAACUGUGUCACCGGAUCGUAAAAGUUAUGAAUCGGAAGAACAGGUGGAUAUCGUCAAUGACGAUGAUGAUAAUGAUGGUCUGGGGAUAGCUAAAGAAGAUAAUGCUUCUGAAAAUGUUUCAACUGGUAUCAGUAUUGAUAUCAACGAACCACAUCACAAUGACAUGGAUGAUGAGAUUGCUGAUGUAGAUGUAAGUGAUGAUGAAGAACAAAAUGUGGGACAGAGUGCAGCUGAAGCUCUUCGAGCUAGAGUAAAUGCAGAAGAGAAAGAAGAGAAAGAAGAGCAUAGCUCGAGCUCAAGCAGUAGCAGUGGAAGUGAGAGUAACGGUAGUGGGAGCGGGAGUGGGAGCAGUAGUAGUGACAGUGAAAGCAAUGAUGGUGGUGAUUCAGUCAUCUCUAUUUAAGUGGUUAGACCAAGUGUCGGAAACAUUAUAUUUCCGAUAUGGGGAUGCUCAAUUUUUUCUUCGAAGUUUCUUCAUGUAAUCGGCGAAUCAUACUGCAGCACUCGUGUCCAAAUGCAUGUCAGACAACGUUAACGAAA